AUGUCAGGAUACACAGAAGUCUCUACACUAAACGCUAAACUCAAAGCGGUUACAGAAAACGUAUCAGAGACCCUGCACAUCGCAUGUAAUGGACCUUCCAAUGCACUAUACCGGAUACAAGAAGAUGUAAGAAGGAAAGUCCCCUUGUUGGUAAAGACUAAGGAAGAAGCCAGAAAACAACAUCAUGAACUAUUAGGAAAAUACUACGACCUGGAAUAUGCCAUCGCUCGACGUUUCCGACUACUUCAACACUUACUUGACAAACGCUCUAACCUUCCAAUUAAUUACAAAAGACUCAUUUACAUGACUAUAAUAAGGCCUAUUUGGACUUACGGAGUUGAGCCAUCAAACUCCUCUCGUAUCCAAUCCUUACAAUCCAAAAUCCUUCAUAUAUCUAUACAAUUAGAGGAAGGAGAGAUCAAGAGAAGAGCAAAUAAGGCGGAAGAGACAGAAUCAGCGACAAGCACGAAGAAACUUUGUCAUCAGUAA